CACUUUUGAACAUGGUGUAGAUGUUGCCUUGUUCUUUUAAUGUACGAUGCACUAUAAACUGUAAAACUCGAAGUUCAGCUGCAAGUCGACGAGUGCUAAUGUCGGGUGCUUCUUCGACGCGUUCCAAAAUUUGCUCUUCAGCUUUCUUUCGGUCCUAUUAUGGCCACGAUCGUGAGUUUGACGCUGAAGGUACCAUGAUCUUGGAGAUGCUGUACCACUCAUGUAAAUGUUCGCGUACACAAAAUCGCGCGAUUUGGAAAGCGCUCGAUCAACAAUUCGCGGGCCAACCUGGCGUUUCCAUCAGCCACACCAUAAAGCGAUACCAUGUUGAUAUGUUCUGAAUUGGAAAAAUUCACUAAUGUUAAAGAUGUUAACUGAACACACAACAGAAACCAACUGAUACGUGACUGGCCUUUAUCGUGUUUUUGCACGUUGCUUAUCAGUGCGACGCUUUUUUGGUUCUUAAUCCUAGUCGUUCUAUGCCAUUCAUUGAAUAAUAGUUAUGGUAGGUCAAGAAACACUACCAGUGGUGUGUCUAACAAUUUAUAUUUAAUUUCAAAUAAUUUGUUUUAAACAUUACUCCACUUAGGACCGUGAACUUUACUCAGUGCAGUAAAUCUUAUUACGAGCUAUUCUCCUUUUUUUAUUGCACACAUUUCGAAAUCCGAUUGUAUCUAUAAAAAAUUUGACAACAGUCGGUUCGGUAGCUUCAGAGUUUAUCUGUCUAACAAAAAUCAACACAGACGAAAUCGAGAAACCGAUUUUUUUGUACUCUAGGGGUCAUGACCCAUCCCAUUCCGAUAAACUCGAUUACAAUACUUCCUAAAGUACUCGAACGGCACUACAGCACAUAAUAAAAACAAACAACAAGAAAAAAUUGCUGUAUUUUUCGAGCGGAAACGGCGUUUGAUGUAGUAAGUCUUAUAUCUAAACGGGAAAUCCAAAAGAAGGGCUCACAUCGCGCUCACGCACCUCGCAUUGAAGUGUAAAAAUUCCUUAUCUUAACUAUUUUCUGUAAAGUUACGUGGCUUUAGAACGAAAAGACUUAUAGGAAAAUACGACCAUUAGAAGCUCUUCACCGGCAACUUGUUGCAGAUCUUAUCGGAGCCUGAAAAUCGCAAAACGUGACCUUGCAAUGCACUUAACACCUUGCAGAAUCUGUACCUAUGACUUGUUUGUUAAAUGUAAUAAAAAAUGGUGCCUCUUUUUUGUUGUAAUUAAUUGUAUAAAAAACUAAAAAAGCAAUCACAUUCCAUAGUUUCUGCAGCUAUGUGGAUAAUUUCGUCGAAUUUUGUUUGACGAAGUACUUUAAGAUAAAUAUUUCUACAAAGCGCUUGAUUAAAACACAUAUUUGGUGCGGUCAUAAGCUCGCAACAACAAAUAUGAGCGAUCUAAUAGCUUGGAAAUUAUUUAUUUAAUUAAACUUAAAAGACCGUUUUUGGCUAUUGUCACUUCUUUACAGAUAAAGUCAUAAAUUGUUUUAAUUUUAUGGAUUAUAGUUUCUUUUUACGACGUAUCAACCUUUUAUUCAAGCUAAAUAGAUGAACAAAAUAGGGCACACGAAAUUAACAAAUAUAUAUGUAUAAAUAUUUUUAAAUUAGAUACACAGGUAAAUUUAAUACUGUCAAAAUGUACGCUAGUGUCAAAUUAAAAUAUCUCCGUUUCGAGUAAAACUAACAUUUUUGUUACGUUAUGAUGUUCUACUUAUUAAUCUCUAUAAAAGUGGAACGAUAGGUGACUGCGCUUUCGAAAUGAAGCCCGCUCCUACCCUACUCGAACUGACUGGACUGUCGUCCGCGCAAACAAUAAUUUCGUUAUUUUGAGCUUCAACCUGUCAGAAUAGCCGGUGUAGUCUCGGUUUCGGGUUUAUGCGUGCAGUCGGGCAAGUAAGUCUUCGAUGUCGAUUUUGCAUAGAUGGCAGAUUUUCUACAGACCACGAUAAAACUACAAACGCUGUUUAGUAAAGCUUACGUCAGAAUUUUUUGAAUAAGCAGUAAAUCUUUUUUUUUAUGUACCAAGUAUAACACUUUAAGCCACGUACCUAAUGUUUCACAUAUCUAUUUCUCACCUCUACACCUCAUGAGCGAUGAUGUUAAAUCAUGAAAUCCUGUUACAUCAAAUUAUGUUCUGUUAUGUCUGACCCUGUUCUCUGAAUUGGUUGCAAUUUGUGUUUAUGCAUUCCACUUAAUGGUUAAGGUAGAAUCCUAUCAUAAAAUAUUUUGAAUAUUAGACCACCACCAUAGUCAACUAUCUCUGUACAAAAUAAGCUGGUCCAGUAAAAAAAUUAUUUGAGUUCCUAGGAUUAAUAGAUUACUAGAUUUACAGAUUAACAGAUUUUUCUUGUAUAAAUGAAUAUCAUUUCAAUUCAGCGUCAUGAUUUUUUAAUCAACCAAAAGUUCACUCCAAAUUAACUAGUUGUGACAUCAGCCAAUUUAUUCAUCAUUUAUACAAAAAGUUUCAAUAUUCAAUGAACAACUAUAAUUUAAAAUACUUUGUUGCAGAAAAGAUUUGAUCUGUGGUCACCUACAUUUAAAAUUUCAAAUUUGGCGCUACAACUAGAUGGCAGCAGUGAGGAGGAGGCAGUACGGGACGCGACAGGAUCAAAAGAGAUUUUAAUAAACCCGCUCGUUCGAAGAUUAAAAAUUAGUUUUAUUAAAAAACCGACUACAAUUUCAGGAGUGGGAUGAACGACCUUAACAUCGGAAUGACCAAUGUCCGAUUUGUGUUUGUAAAGUGCUGAUUCAUGGAAUAGUUACACGGAUAAAUGGUAGAAGAGUCAAGCACGUGGGAAAUGUGAGGUUAUGUCAACUCAUCACGUUUUCAUAAAAGGAGAAGAUGGCAAGAACCCUCCAAGAAGUGGAGUUGUGUGACGACGCUAUUAAGAAUGGUCCUUAUGCAUCGGUACGUACGCUAUACGGCCUUGCCUUUGACGACGGUAGUCGGUUGAACAGAAAGAAGCUGUGUCAAUGGACUGGUUUCCCUUUUGAGAUCGCAUCAGAUGACUUCAAUGAGAAAGUGGAUGAGGUAGUGCAGAAUUUUACGAUCGCAGAACUUUGUGGAGUCGGCCUCCUACUGGGGUUGAAUUGUGCAGGUACUCACCAAGAAGUGGCCGAGAGAAUUUGUUCAGUGUUGACUAAUUUUGAUCUGUUUACACAAGAAAGAGUUGUUCAAGAACAAGAGAGUGAAGACGAGGACGACGAAGAUGAUCCGGUAGACAGUGAUGAUGGUCGAGCAGGCGCGGCAGCAGUCCCUACGUUCACCAUGUCUUUCAGAGACAUUGAAGAUUCCGUACGCACUUUUAGUGGUGACGACAAUUAUGCAAUCGAGACUUGGGUCGCAGACUUUGCAGACAUCGCUAAACUUAUGAAGUGGUCGGAACUGCAACGACUAGUUUUUGCGAAGAAAUCAUUAACUGGGCUUGCUAAGUUAUUUAUCCAAAGUCAGAGGAAUUUGGGUACAUGGAAGGACUUGAAACGCAGGUUAUUGAGUGAAUUUUCCAAGAAGGUGAGCACUGCUGAACUGCAUCGCAUGCUGAAUAAUAGAAAAAUGGAAAAAGAAAAAUCUCUCCAGGAAUACUUGUUGAAGAUGCGUGAACUCGCUUCAAAGGGUCAAAUUGAAGAGGAGUCAGUAAUCGAAUAUGUCAUUCAAGGUAUCAACGAUGAUCCUGAACACAAAUUUUUGUUGUAUGAAGCUAAAACUUAUGUCGACUUAAAGAAAAAAAUUGAAGUUUAUGAGAAGUUUAGAAAGACCCGCACACCUUCGACUCAAUCUGUUGGUCAACGUUUCCGAAAGCAUAAUAACGAAAACAAAGGAACUUAUUCUCCGGGGUCUGUAGGAGCGAAGGGCAGUAGUAAACCCCCUCCAAAUCAGAACAUAAUUAGAAGAUGCUAUAAUUGUAAUGGUGUGGGCCAUUUCGCCUCAAAUUGUCCAAUUCCGGUGAAGGAAAAGGGUUCCUGUUACAAUUGCGGUUCAAAGGAACAUCAGAAGAGGAAUUGUCCAGGGAAGAAAAAGGAAGACAACACCACCAAUGUGAUAUCAACCGAGACACAAGAUCCCUAUAUGAUUCGUUGCUCCAUCGCCACUCCUGUAUGAAUCCCCUUCAGGAACCUACCACGAGUUACCCUUGUGGAAUGUCCAGGCCAUAUAUCCUCCAUGGACACUCCUCCUAGAAUACGAUCCCUUGACGAUGGCCACCCCUUGACAGAAGAUGAAAACUAGGCGAUAUACUUUUGACGCCCUGCCGGAAGCACUGCGUAAAUUGCAGUUCAUCUGCAUGAACGUCUUGUGAGCUGAGCAACCCCAC